AUGGCCAAGUGCAAGAACCACACCACACAUAAACAGUCCCACAAAUGGCAAAGAAAUGGCAUCAAGAAGCCCCGGUCACAAAGAUACAAAUCUCUUAAGGGACUGGACUCCAAGUACCUGAGUAAUAUAUGCUUUGCCAAGAUGCACAACAAGAAAGGCCUGAAGAAGAUGCCGGCAAACAAGGCAAAGGCAAUGAGUGCGCCAGCAGAGGCCAUCAAGGCUCUUGUGAAGCCUGCGGCCAUAAAGCCCAAGAUCCCAAAGGGCCCCAGCUGCAAACUCAGCCUGGCUUUCAUUGCCUACCCCGAGCUUAGGAAGCAGAUUCAAAGCUACAUGGCCAAGGGUCAUAGGCUCUGCCAACCAAAGCUCAAGGUUCAAACCAAGGCAGAGGCUUCACCUCCAGCUCAGGCUCCCAAAGUGCCUAGGCCCCUGUGA